AUGGCAAUAAUCGUGUUCGGAAUCGUGGCGGCGGUUUGUGUUUGUUUGCUUCUCGCCGCAUGGCUCUAUGCCUGCGUGCGAGAGCGGCGGGCGUUGCGCCGGGCUAUGACUCGUGAGAGCGCCGCGAACCGAGCGGUCGGCGACGCAGAAGACCCCACACGCAUGGGGAACCAGAGAGCUGUCUUCGUUGACGGCGUGUAUCUGUACAGCAUUCCGGGAAAUGCGGGUGGAGAACAGAGAGCUCCGCCGGGCGGGGUAGCAGGAGCCGGCGUUUGGGGGCCGACUCGGAUACCUGCGUCGCUCGUUCUUGCAAGACUCGAUAAAACAUCUCCUCCUGCUCCGCUUACAAGCUGUCCAAGCUGUGGAGCAGAGAGCCCAGCGGCAGCUGCAGCGCUCGCAACUGUGCCGAACGAAAGCCAGCGUGAGGGCAAAGGGCUCUGUGGAGCCGACGGCGUCUACUGCCAGUGCUGUUCAAUCUGUCUUGAUCCUUUUAUGAAAGGUGACAUGAGUCGCAAGCUCUCAUGCGGUCAUUUGUUCCAUUCCCAUUGCAUAAGCAAGUGGGUUCAGAGGGCGAAUCGUUGCCCGUUGUGUCAGCACGAAAUCGUACGGCUUGAAGAGGUAGUCCAGGAUCUGCGACAGACCCAGGGAGGUAGCGGCUCCAGUACUGGAACAGCACAAGAUGCGGACACCGGCACAACAGCCGCCCCCGGCAGUGCCAGGACGCAGCCGCCUUCGGAUUCGAGCAUCUCUGGAACAGCGCGAAGCACUGCGCAGGAGAAUAGACCUGUUCCAAGACCUCGAAACGCUCAGCAGUAUCCCUUACUGGGAUCACUCGGAUCGGGUUUCUUUUUCGCGUAG